CGGCCGCGCCGUCGGAGGAGGAGGAGGAGGCGGCGGCGGCGGCGAGGAGGGCGAUGCAGAAGCCGGCCGGCCAGAAGGAGCGCCUCUACAAGCUGCUGGUCAUCGGCGACUUGGGCGUGGGCAAGACCAGCAUCAUCAAGCGCUACGUCCACCAGAACUUCUCGCCGCACUACCGCGCCACCAUCGGCGUCGACUUCGCGCUCAAGGUGCUCAGCUGGGACCCGGAGACGGUGGUGCGGCUGCAGCUGUGGGACAUCGCGGGUCAGGAAAGGUUUGGGAACAUGACGCGAGUCUAUUACCGAGAAGCUAUGGGAGCGUUUAUCGUCUUCGAUGUGACGAGGCCGGCAACCUUUGAAGCGGUCACCAAAUGGAAGGAGGAUUUGGACACUAAACUGAGUCUCCCCAAUGGCAAACCGGUGCCGGCAGUUCUCUUGGCAAACAAAUGCGACCAGGGCAAAGAGCUGCUGGUGAACAACGGCAUCAAGAUGGAGCAGUUCUGCAAAGAGAAUGGCUUUGUGGGGUGGUUCGAAACGUCAGCAAAGGAAAACAUAAACAUCGACGAAGCUUCCAGGUGCUUGGUGAAACAUAUCAUUGCUAGCGAGGGCGACCCAGUGCAGCCCGUUGAACCCGAUGUCGUCAAACCUCACUUGAAUUCCUCCAAGCUCGUCAGCUGCUCAGCUUGCUUUAAGUCCUAAGUAACUUCCAAGCUGUUUGUGGACACUGGAACUGAGCAAAUAACUCACGAGAGGAAAGCGUCUCCACGGGCACGUAGCCCGGCCUUUGCUACUCCAGAACACGAAACCAAGAUCAGGAAAUUCGCAUCCUUCCCAAACAUGCGGUUGAAAAAAUACAUAUAUAU